AAGCCGAUGACGUCGGAUCGCGUUGUGGGCGGACAGGACGCCUUCUAUGGCGAGUGGCCCUGGCAAAUAAGCUUGAGAAAAAAUGGGUUCCAUAUCUGUGGUGGAGUGAUGAUUGACAGUCAGUGGGUGCUGAGUGCGGCCCACUGCUUCAUCCGGCCUUACUCAACCUCAGAUUAUAAGGUGUAUCUGGGAGCAUACCAGCUGUCAGUACCCACAGGCAUCAUGUCUGCUGUCAGCGCCAUUUAUAUCCACCCAAUAUAUCAACGAGCAGGGUCCAGCGGGGACAUCGCCCUCAUCAAGCUUCAGAACCCAGUGGAGUACUCCGACUAUGUGAUGCCCAUCUGCAUCCCCACCCAAGACGUCCAAUUCCCCAGUAAACUCAACUGCUUUGUGACCGGCUGGGGAUCCAUCAAAUCCGGAGUGAGCCUACCAGCACCUCAGACACUACAGAAGGUCCAGGUCCCCAUCAUAGACCGUGCAGAGUGUGAUGCCAUGUACCACAGUAAUAACCCCACAACACCUGUCAACGUCACCUUAAUACAGUGGGAUAUGGUCUGCGCUGGAUACAAGGAUGGUCAGAAGGAUGCCUGCCAGGGUGAUUCUGGUGGCCCAUUGUCUUGUCGAUGGGAGGGAUCGUGGCUCUUGGCUGGACUGGUCAGUUGGGGUUUCGGCUGUGCAAUUCCAAACCGUCCAGGUGUAUACACCAGAGUGACUGCAUAUUCAGACUGGAUUAAGCAAUACGUCCCACAACUCCAGCUGACACCUGCUGUCAUCACUGAACCAAAUCCCACCAAUGGCUCAGUGGGGCCAUCUUCAGUCCUCACCCUUCUCCUCUUCCUUGCUGCUCUGUUGUUGCACAAGCUCUGGUAG